GCCCAGAAUCAAAGCUCUUUCUCCUCAAAUUUUACUUCUACAUAUUUUUAUUGUUAUUUUAUUUUCACAAUAAUGAAAAUCUAGAAAACAAUUCGGAUAACUCAAUCCCGCAGGCAAAGCCUCCACCUCUGCAACAAAGAAGUGAGGAAGAGUUAAAAAUGGCGGCAACCUCCAUCUCUGCCUCGCUGGUCUCUUCAGUUACUAUCUCUAGUUCUUCUUCAUUCGCCUCCAAAGCAACUCUCACUUCAGCAAAGCUUUCGUCUUUGCCCUUUCCCUUAUCUACGCCGUCCAAUUCCGGUCUUAGUUAUGCCUUCAGGACACCGAAACCCUCGUUGCUGAGUUCAUCUUCAAGCCGGGCCUUUGUCGCUCCUGAAGCUUUGGAUUCUCAGGAAACGCUAAACCCACCUUCAGAAACCUUUGAUGACUCUGAUUCCGGCACUUAUGAGGUUUCAAGUUCCGAGACUCCGGGUUCUCCAUCACUCGACAUUGGUACUGAUACAGACAAUAUGGCCCCAAAGCAGAAGAUCAGAAUUAAACUGAGGUCAUACUGGGUACCCUUGAUUGAAGAUUCCUGCAAGCAGAUAAUGGAUGCUGCAAGGAACACGAAUGCCAAAACCAUGGGUCCUGUGCCGUUGCCUACAAAGAAGCGUAUCUACUGUGUACUAAAAUCCCCUCACGUCCACAAGGAUGCAAGAUUUCACUUCGAGAUUAGAACUCACCAGAGGCUAAUCGACAUUCUCUACCCAACUGCUCAAACAAUCGAUUCUCUUAUGCAGCUUGACCUCCCUGCUGGAGUUGAUGUGGAGGUCAAGCUAUGAGAAAGCAAUGCUUCAUUUAGGUAAGAUUGUUUCCAUUCUUUUUCCUUCUUCAUGUUGCUUGAUUUGUUCAUCUGUCAACUACUGGAAGUAAACAGUGCGCGCAAUGUGUUUAUCUUCUUCUUUACGAUGAAUGCAAAUCCCAUUCACCACGAAGUAUAUAUCUGCAUAUACUUUUGACUUUUGUUCAGUUCAUGUUUAGGCUCUAUCUAGCCACUAAUAGGGCUGAAGUUGUGAAUCUUUUUUGUUUCAUCCUGGUUAUUCCCUCAACAAUUCAUCUGGGAAUAUGCAUUCUUUUUUCCUUCUGAAACUCUAGUUAUGGGGAAUAUACAAAUUGUAACAUGAAUUAAUAUCCAGCAGCACCUGUGUCGGUCUUCUUAUUCCACAGGCUGGACUUGAUUUGAUAUCCUUAGUUUUCAACUAGUUUCAUUGGUGGAAUAUGAAUCUUUACCAAUGGUUCUAUGGUAUACUGUUACGUCGAGGAAUAUGUUUGUUUUUGAAACCCGUCCAAACAGAAUCGUGGUUAAUGAAUUGAACCUUGCUAUUGCAGCUCGUCGAGGUCUUCCACCGCUACAAAUAGCAAGGAAAUGAAAGUUCGGUGUUCUACCAAAACCUGGUGGAGUACGUGAACAGGGUUCUGUAAGAAACCGCGCUACUAGUUCAAUUAAUCACCCUUUUAGAUUCUUUGCUUAAAUGAUUUUGUUAGCUGUGUGGUAUGAAGAAUACAGAUAGUAGGCGCGGGACAUGUUCUUUUGUUACUCUGUGUAAGGGGGUCGGGAAAAGGAUAGGGGCAUAGAACGUUUCUCUGGUCACUAUCGCCAUGGAGGUGCUGGCAUGCUGCUAACUGUGCUCCUUGAUGAGGCUGCAUAGGAACAUUGUCAUUGCCUAGCGUAUCUUGUUUCAUUCGUUGCACCUACUCAGACUAUCAUAAUCGUGAACUUGUUCCAGCCAUUCUUUUUGUUGUUUGGCCUAAACCAGAUUGCCGAGAUUGCUACUGGGCACUGGCUAAGUGGCUAUGAUGAUUUGCCUCUCCAAGGUUCUGAAAGACCACAUCUGCGAAUGAUAAUAAUCUUUUCUUAUGUGAAGUAGUAAAAGUGACUGACACGACCUGACCGUCGCAUUGAGUGGAAAAGUUGGAGUCUUCUUCCUCCUUUGUCCUUUCCAUCCUCUUGUUUCAAAUUGGUAGCUCGGAUAGGGACCGUAAACGCUUCCGAAUCAUUAAAGUUGCUUGUUUGCUUUCUUUUGACUGGUAUCUUUUUUUCAAGCGUCUCAAUGGCAGCAUACCACCCAUACAAGUGGAUCCCUUGGGUUGAGCUUUUUUCAAAUGUCAUUAUUGUCGACAAUGUUAUCUUGUCUCCAAAUAUCGUCAAUAUUCCUCCAUUUUCUCAGCCAUGGCUCACGACUGUUUCUCUGGUUUUCCACAGUAUAUGUAUCGGCUAAAAGAGUGCAGGCGCAGAAUUGACUCCGCAUUAUUUUGUACAUAUAUAACCAGGGAGUGCACAUGGCUCCGUCGGGCAGACUGAAUUCCACCAUUUUUAAACAGAGCCGGUUGUUUAUCCACCAUUGACCAUAAGCUAAAAAAACCUCCACAGGGAAGGAGCAGCUGCGUCUGCUUCCUAGUGAUCAGGUUUUAGCUUCGACGGCCCAAGAAAUCCCGUAAAGAAGUCAGUGAUACGGAGCUGGAUUGCCACUCAGUCCCCCAUACGCAAUCGAUAGCGUCGGCCGCCGGCGCAAAAACCCUGUCACCUCUGUUCAUUUAGUAAUUAUUAUGAUUCGACGGAAAGCCCAUUCGUGGUAGUUAGUGUAUGGAGGUAAUGGAAGGGAAGAUUGGAUUUGGAUGUCCAAGAUAAUAUUAUAAUAUAUUUGUAUAUUCUUA